AUGCGCGUUCUGGUUUUCGUCAGUUUAUUGUGCGCGGUGCACAUUGAGGCACAAACGAAUUUUUGGGACUAUUCUCAAAAUUUUUUCUCGAAGCUCUUGAGGCAAGGCAAGAAUUCAGUUGAGCGUGUGGUGACUACCCCUAUUGCAACUACCUUGGUGCCGACCACUGCCAGGCCCCCUACAAAAAUGACAACGCCAUCAUAUACAACACAAAUGUUUUUGGCUAAUAAAACUCAAUCCACUACACCAAUUACUAUUACUACUACCACAUAUUUUACAACUACCCCCACAGAAUCAACUACAAUAACAAAAGCUUACACUUCAGUCACAACUAGUACUACCCCAGCAACUAGCACUGUGGUAGAUUUUAGUACUGCCAGCACAGUUUUUGACACGACAACCCCUGAUUUUGUUGCAACCACCGGAGAACCUAGAGAAAACCCCAACAGCCACGAAUUUUAUCUUCCAAAUAUCAAGCGGGAAAAACCACAAAUUAAAAUUGCCUCAAAUAUUAGUCAGAAUUUGUUGCCAUUACCGGCUGGUGCUGGAGCUGCUUUAGUUAAGCCUACAAAAUACCAUUAUUAUCCCCACAAUCAACAUAUAUAUUUGCUACCAGAAUGUGCAAUUCAACAGGUUUGCAAUGCAGUUUACGUUAGACUGAAUUGGACGCAACCCUUAUGUGCAUGUCCGUCAAGAUACAGAGAUCCAUGCUCAGCAUCUUUAAAUUCAGACGAUUUGCACACUACAGAACUUUCUAUCAACAAAAAAUCAAGGAAAGCUCUAACUUUAGUCAAAACAUGCGAACCCACUAGUGAAAUGAGGAUAUGCAGAGCACCAAGAGAUUGGUCCCUGCUGGCUUUGCAGAAUAUAAGGACAGGAAAAUCGCACUAUCUGGUUAUCUGUAGAUGUCCCGAAAGCAGUACAUUGGAGGGUCCUAUGUCACAUGACCAACCAACAUACGCUAGUGUUCCGGGAAUAAGAGUAUAUGGAAUGAUGUGUGUGGACAACAAACGUAGAGGCAGGCCACUAAGAACUGCAAGAACUCUUGAUAUGCCACCAUUGCCAUGGCAAAAAGCACAAGAGCUAGCCGAAUCAGCCUUAUGGGAUUAAGUGCUUUGAAGCUUUAUAGCAUUAGAUUAUGUGAUUACAAGAAAUCUAUUUAGACCUCGACUUAUUUAAGUAUUUAUCGUAUAUCUUUAAGGUUAUUAGAUGUAUGCCUAAUCUUCGCCGUAAUUUAAAAUACUUAGUGCAAUUAGUUCAAAACUACAGUAAGGUCCAUAAGUUUAAGGCGAUCUCAUGAUAAUGUUUCACGUUUAGGCAUUAAUGCAUCUUGUAGAUGUACCUGAACAUCAAGUUACUAAACUAUAAUAAUAUUAAAACGUAAAUCUGUUUCUUAAGUCAAAAAAAAUUUUUUUACUGUAUCGCUAUUCUACUCAAAUCGAUUUUCAACUGUUGUUGCAUAUAUCUCAUUAGGUAACGAAAAAAUACUUGAAAAAAAAAUUAUUAUUCGAAAACUAACAGCCGCCCUGUAGGAUAUUUAAUUGGAUAUGUCAUGAUCAGUUUGAAAUUUGGACCAAUUAAUGGUCAUUCCAUUCAGUACGAUGGGAGACUUUUAGUCGUGGCGCCAUCUAAGACUUGGAUACAGCACUAAACAACGUUUUGCUGUAUUAGUACUGACCGUCAAUAGGCCGACCAAAAAUCGGUUAGUUGGGAAAAUCCAAAUAGGAAAAACAAGUUUCUCCUAUGUACUGCUACAUUCAUUACAUUAAUACCUAUGUUUCAAUUCCCAGAGAUUCGAUAUGAUGAUUAUAAUUUACUUGGGACAUCCUAUGCCAAAAUCCGUGGGCCAGACUUUAAUUUUAAAUUUACUUAAUAAAAUAUGACAUAUAGUAUUGGUUGGUAACAUAUUGUGACAAUAUUUGGCCGUAUUUAAAAUAUAACACUUUUUUACUCCGACAGCGACAUACAAAUCUUUGUCUUAGUAAUCAGAGUGUAAUGGCCGGAUUUAUCUAACAUUGCUUGAUUUGAAAGUCUUUAUUUUCUUGUUUUUUGACAAAACAGCCUAUUCCUAAUUUGUAUGAGUUGAAAAUUUCCGACUUGAAGAACUCAUAGGAUAAAACUGUUACACAUGAAAACAUAUGAAAUUAAAUUGGAUAAACCCAGCCUUAUUAAUUGUAAUCAAUGAAUUGAAUGUAUUACAUAUUAUCAUUAUCAAACAAUAAAUAUUUUUAAAUAUGGCCAAAAUUAGGGGUUUCACACCACUGCCUUUAUAAUAGCACUGCUGACGGACUUGGGUAUUUUAUAAUUUAUUUUAAACAAUUUUGUUGAACACUGUUCGUCAUUUCCCCUGAAAACUUGUAUAUACCAUCAAAACAUAUUUUAAAUAAAAUAGUAUUCUUCGAA